AUGCCUGGAAUACUGCCUAUGAAGGUGAUCAAAGUCGGCUCAAACUGCCAGGCUCGCAUCGCCCAAGCAUGCGACCGAUGCCGCUCCAAAAAGAUACGCUGCGACGGUAUACGCCCGAGUUGCACACAAUGCACCAAUGUUGGCUUCGAAUGUAAGACUAGCGACAAGCUCAGCCGUCGUGCCUUCCCAAGAGGAUACACCGAGUCACUGGAAGAGCGCGUUCGCCAGCUGGAAGGGGAAGUUCGCGAGCUGAAAGAGCUGCUCGACGAGAAGGACGAGAAGAUCGAUAUGCUCUCUCAAUCACGGGAAGACUCGCAAGAAAAAGACGACACAUUCAAAGUGCAGCAGUCGCCGCUUCUGCUCGACGAUAUAAACGACGACGCAUAUUUUGUGGGCAGUUCAAGUGGCCGCACACUUGUUGAGGCUUUCAAGCAAAAAGCGCAAGAAUCAGGGAGACUGUCCGCUGACAUCAAUUCUGGUGCCUUCUUUGGAGCUGGCGGCGCCAAAAAGAGCAACGGUCCACGACGGAUCGUUUCUUUCAAGGCACCCCCUCGUCUAGUCUCUGAUCAGAUGAUCAACAUCUUCUUCCAGGAAUGGGCUCCCCUCUUCCCUGUUCUGCACCGCCCAACUUUCCUUGCACUAUACGAACAGUACGUCGGCAAUCCCGAUACUAUGGUCGAGAAGAAGUCCAUCACUCAGCUCAACCUUGUCUUCGGAAUCGCUGCCCUGUCAAGCGACCCUCGCGAUGGUCAGGACGUCGAUUCCUUCGAGGCGCAAUGGCAGAGUGCCAUCGAAAGCUUCUUGAUGGACAAUGACGUCGUAACCCUGCAAUGCCUUGUCCUUGCCCAGAUCUUCUGCCUGCUGAGAGCUGACUACUCCCGGCUGUUGAAGUAUAAGGGCUUGGCUAUUGGCUUGUCGCAGCGUCUUGGCUUGCAUCAGUCACAGAAGCGAUUUGCGCUCGAUGCGCUGAGCAGCGAAACCAGGAAGAAGGUCUUCUGGUCGCUGUACACCGUCGACUGCCUAUCUGCUGCCCAUCUUGGCCUCCCCAAACUCAUCCGGGAAGAGGAUGUGCACUGCGAGUAUCCGGUAGAUGCCGACGACGAAUACGUCACUGAGAAAGGGUUCUUGCCUACCUUGCCCGGGGAGUACACCAAGCUCUCCAGCGCAUUGGCCCUCUUCCGCAUGACACGCAUCCUGUCAAAGGUCCUCACCGAAUUAUAUCCGGCGUCAGCGUCGCAUGACAUCUCAUUCCGUACCGUUGCAUCACUGGCUGAUGAUUUGGAGGACUGGUCUAUGAACCUUGCUCCACAUCUGAAGCUCACGUUUGCGCAAGACAAACCAAGCACUAAUGUUACCAGCAGCAGAGCACCUGUUUUGUCACUGGUAUACCACCACAUCCGCUCUCUAAUUUACCGGCCAAUUGUUGUUGCAAACCUCGGAGACAAAGCUUCCUCAGCCAUCGUAGCCAUCGGCGAUGCUUGCAAACACAUUAUCCAGAUCGUACAGCUUCUUGACGAGCGCAAGCUCAGCUUUUCGUUCUGCCUCAACCGAAAUGAGGUCCUCGUCCAGGCCGGGUUCGGUCUCCUCUUCCAGACCCUCAACCUUGCCCGUGAUGGCAAGCUGAUCAAAGACUGCAACCGCCUUGUCUGCUCCAUCAUGGACAUGCUCGAAAGCGGCAAUGCUGCUGGCUACAACGACUUCCGUCGCAUCGGGUGUACUCUCGUAGCCGUGCCUCGUGUAGAGCCAAUGGCUGCACCACAACUAUACCGCCACCACUCAGAGAAUAGCAUGGGUGCGCCCGCAGAAACCUUCCGUGCAACACAAAAGACAUUGAAGGCCAUCGCAGCCCGCUUCUCGCCUGGUGCCAUGAAAGCUAGACAGGAAAAUCAUGAGCCGCGUCGUGCGACACUGGCUACCAUCACUCCCAAGAUGAGCGUGCACACCAACCCCUCCUCGACCAGCCUAUCUUCAAUCCACUCCGAGCCCCCCGUCGCCCGCUCCGAACCAACCCUAAGCCCACCAUCCCACCGCGCCUCCUUCUCCGCCUCCGACAAGCGCCGCCCUAGCCAAUCAACCCCCCAGCAGCGAAACAUCGACUACCUCUCCUUCGCCGCCGACCCGCUCGCCAGCUACACGCUCCCGCAGAACCCCGGCAUCAAAUCCGAAGUCUCCAGCUCCGACUGGGAACGCCUCCUCUCGUCGCUCGACAAUGGCCAAACCAACAUCUACGACACCAUCUACGGCGGCCCAACGGCCGACGCGCUGCUUGAAAUGGCGCCCAUGUCGGCCACCACUGAAGGCACUGCUACGUGGUCGCCCAAUGCGUGGAAUUGGGGGGUGUACAGUGAGCAGGCGGCGCCACAGAGCGUGCUUAGUUUCACGGAUGAGAGCCUGACGAGCGGCGAGGAGUUUAGCGCGAAUUCCUGCGAUUUCAACACGACGCCUGAGAGCGAGAGGUUGUAUCCGGGCAUUAUGAUUCCGAAUAUGGGCACGCCGCACGGGCUGGGCGGGUUGGAUGGGAACUUUGGCUUGUAG